AUGGAAUUCGCGAUGGUGGGCGCGGACGGCGGGUGUAACAGCCACCCGCCCUACGGGUACGCGCGCGCCCGGGAGAGGGAGCGGGAGAGGGCGCGGGCGGCGGCGGCGGCGGCGGCGGCGGGGGACGGCGCGGACGCAGCCGGGGGGUCCACCUCCUCCUCUUCCUCCUCCUCCUCCUCCUCCUCCUCCUCGGGCGCGCAUCUCCUUAACAACCGCGCCGCCUCCUCCAUCAGCAGCACCGCCUCCUCCUCCUCCUCCUCCUCCUCCUCUUCCUCGCAGCACCACCAGGACUCCGAGCUCCUCAGAGGGCGCAAACGGCAACGCGGCGCCGGACGCUGGAGACUCGGCGGGGACCUGCGCCACUCCGAACUGGCGCUGCUCGGCUCCGAGGAGGACGUCAUGAUCGAGGAGGAGGAGGAGGAGGAAGAGGAGGAGGAGGAGGACGGAAGUAAGACUUUUCUGCCCAACAUGGAUGAGGAUGACGACGAUACGGUGUCCAUCACCGAUAAACGCCCCCAGUCCGGAUACGAGAACCUUUUCAGCGAGUUGGGCUGCUGCGAGCGCGUCGUCAUCAACGUGUCCGGGCUGAAGUUCGAAACCCAGCUGAAAACUCUCACCCAGUUCCCGGACACGCUGCUGGGGGACGCGGAGAAGCGCACCCGCUACUUCGACCCGCUGCGGAACGAGUACUUCUUCGACCGGAACCGGCCCAGCUUCGACGCCAUUUUGUACUACUACCAGUCCGGGGGCCGCUUGAAAAGACCCGCCAACGUGCCCUUCGACAUCUUCUCCGAGGAGGUGAAGUUCUACGAACUCGGCGAGGAGGCCAUGCUGAAGUUCCGGGAGGACGAGGGCUUCGUGAAGGAGGAGGAGAAGCCGCUGCCGGAGGACGAGUUCAAGCGGCAGAUUUGGCUGCUGUUCGAGUACCCGGAGAGCUCCAGCCCGGCGCGGGGCAUCGCGGUGGUAUCGGUGCUCGUCAUCGUCAUCUCUAUCGUCAUCUUCUGCCUGGAGACGCUGCCGGAGUUCCGGGACGACAAGGAGUACCUGCGCUCCAACGCCACCGCCGACCACGGGUUCACGCCCUUCAACGACCCCUUCUUCAUCGUGGAGACGGUGUGCAUCGUCUGGUUCUCCUUCGAGAUCAUCGUGCGCUUCUUCGCCUGCCCCAGCAAGGCGGACUUCUUCAAGAACAUCAUGAACACCAUCGACAUCGUCUCCAUCCUGCCCUACUUCAUCACGCUGGGCACGGACCUGGCGCAGCACCAGGGCAACGGGCAGCAGGCGAUGAGCUUCGCCAUCUUGAGGAUCAUCCGGCUGGUGAGGGUGUUCCGCAUCUUCAAGCUGUCGCGCCACUCCAAGGGCCUCCAGAUCCUGGGCCACACUUUGCGCGCCAGCAUGCGGGAGCUGGCGCUGCUCAUCUUCUUCCUGGUCAUCGGCGUCAUCCUCUUCUCCAGCGCCGUGUUCUUCGCCGAGGCGGACGAGCCCACGUCGCAGUUCACCAGCAUCCCCGACGCCUUCUGGUGGGCGGUGGUCACCAUGACGACGGUGGGCUACGGGGACAUGAAGCCCAUCACCGUGGGCGGGAAGAUCGUGGGCUCGCUGUGCGCCAUCGCGGGCGUGCUGACCAUCGCGCUGCCGGUGCCGGUGAUAGUGUCCAACUUCAACUACUUCUACCACCGGGAGACCGACAACGAUCAGGACCAGGCGCCGGUGGUCGAGAGCAUGCCGCCCGGCUGCCCUCACUUCCCGGACUUUUUACGCAAAUUCAAAGGCUCGCCGUCCGGCUCCUCGCUGGGGGACAAAGCGGAGUACAUGGAGAUGGAAGAGGGCGUCACGGAGUCCCUGUGCGGCCUGGACAAGAGUCCCAGUAAAGGGAACGGAACGGACAUUAGCAGACGGAACAGUACUAACUCCAAAUCUAUUCAGACUGACGUGUGAUUAUAAUACUUUUUUUUAUUAUUAUUAUUCGUUUCCCUAAAUAGAGACAUUGUUAGACACCCAAAAAAACGAGCUUUACGCACGGGUCAUGCAGAGUUCCGCCUCCUCCUCUCGCUCCCCCAUGCAGUCAGGCAGGUCACCAUGGUAACCAGGUCAAACAAACUCUAGAGCCACACUAUUAGGACCAACACUUGCCAAACGGCGUAUUCAUUUGAUUCAUCUAACUCGGGCUGGCGUCUAAAUUAGGCAAGAAAGUACGCACUGCACUGUGCACUUUAUGAAAUACAUCUUGAUGGGUAGUGCAAUAAAGCCAAGUUAGAGCGAGAUAAUAUUUAGAGCAGUGGUUCUCAAACUUAUUUUGGGAAAAAAAAAGUACCAACAUAAUGUCCAACAUUAAAAUACAGUAGCGCAGUAGGCCCAAGUAUUCAUUAAAAACAAGGCAGAGGUUUUAUUUAACACAUGUGUUCAACAAUUUUGGCCACACGGUUUGAACAGUAACACUGUGUUUGAAUUUAGGAAAACAAAUACAAAAAACUACCUAAAUAACGAACCAACUCUUUGGCGUACCUCUAGAUCACGGGUGUCA